AUGACACAUUGGAUGCGAUUUGGCCCAUACAGUGAUUUGUGCGGGCCAGCUGAUAUAGAAAUCGAGCAGGAAAAUUUAUGGCGCUUUUUCUCGCAAGUGCAUUCCAUCUAUCACGAUGAAGAUUUCUACUAUCUCGCUUUAUACUUCCGAAGUGGACCAGUACUCAACCAGUGCUUGGAGUAUUCCGGAAAGAAGUUCACUCACGGCUCCGGUGGCCGUUUAGCUCUCGAUGUACUACAGAUCAUACGUGCAACUCACAACUUGGGCUACCUCGUGCGUUCACUCAACUUGGAGAUGUUUCACUUUGAUGCUUGCUCUCGCCAUCUCUUCAUGGCCGACUUAUCGACUAUACGGAAAGUAAGAGACAAUUUUGCUGCUUGA